CUGUGGAGGAAACGUGUCACUGCAGGGCAAGAAGCUGGCUCCGCUGUAGAGCGUGCACUAGUGGGACGGUGGGAGAGGGAAGCAGCGAGCAGCCCUGCUCCUCGUGCUCCAUCCCUGCUCUGCUCCAGAGAGCACCAUGAGAAAUGAGAUAGACCUGCUGGCUGCUGUCACGGUGCUGGGAGUCCUGGAGCAAGCCUAUUUUACACUGCAAGUAAUCUAUGCUCGCCGGAAGUACAAGAUCUCUCCUCCAGAGACAACAGGUCACCCUGAAUUCGAGCGGAUCUUCAGGGCUCAGGUGAAUUGCUCCGAGUACUUCCCGAUCUUCAUCUCACUCCUCUGGGUUGCUGGGAUCUUCUUCCAUCAAGGGGUGGCAGCGGCCUGUGGGAUGCUGUACCUCUACACACGCUUCCGCUACUUCCAAGGCUACGCGCUGGCCGCGCAGGGACGGUUGGGGCCACUGUAUGCCAGUGCCCGGCUGCUGUGGCUGCUGGUGGGCCUGGCGGUGGCUGGGCUCCUGGCACACUUCCUGCUGCUCCCGUCCUCCCCGUGGGCGCUGGCAUGGCCUCUCCGGCUGCUCAACGCCUGGUGAGCGAGGCCUCAGCUCCCCCAGGCCCCUCAACCUGCUCUGCACCUUGAAAUGUCUUCGAUUCAUGAACCGGCCUGCACACUGUCAUCGUUCCUCACCACUGCUGCGAUCAUCCCUGUCGGAGUGUGUCACGCCACGGAGAUACAAAGAAUAAAUGCCUUUUCUCUACAGAAAUCAUUUGUGAUUGUCAAACUUGCUUGAGGGGGGACUGGGUGUGAGAACAUCAGAGGCUUAUGGGCAUGGGGUUGCAUGGGAAAAGCUACUGUGAAUAAAACUAAUUUGAAAGUGUGUGUAAACUUGUCUAAAAACUCACCACAACUGAGGG